AAAUAACCAAAUUUUCGCUUUUCUCAUUUAAAAAGUCAAAAAUUUGCCAAAUGGCGGCAUAUACAAGAUGUUUGCAAAUUCAAAAUUUAUUUUUGAAUAGUAGUAGAAAAUCAUGGAGUUUAUAUAAGAAAUCUAGAAACAAAUUUGAAACAAUGCAGAUCACACACCAAUUAAACAUUCAUACAACUUCCUUCCACUUUAAAAGAAGAAAAUCGGCCGAUGAACGAAAAUCAGUCAGGAUAAUUGAAUACUCUCCAAAAGCCAAAGGUGAUAUCAUAGAUAUUUGGCGAGAUAUAACCCUCACAGAAUUAGCAAAAGUCUUCAACAAAGACAUCAAUUACAUUUAUGAUAUAUUCCUAAACCAAUAUAAUAAUCCAAAUAUGGUAAUAAGGGACAUAAAAGUCCUGCAGCAAGCUAUUCACAGGAGUGGCAAGAGGAUGAGAAUAAUAGCCAAACCUACUGAUACAAAUGAAGCAGUAGUAGAAAAAGACAUCCACCCAAGACCACCACCAUUAAAAUCACAGCUGAAACCUCGUCCACCUGUGGUGACUGUGAUGGGCCACAUUGAUCAUGGAAAAACAACCCUACUGGAUGCCUUGAGAAACUCCAGAGUAGUGGAUCAAGAGUUUGGAGGCAUCACCCAGCACAUAGGCGCAUUUUCAGUUAGCCUGAAUUCAGGAGCCCAAAUCACUUUCCUUGACACCCCAGGGCAUGCUGCAUUCAGUGCAAUGAGGUCUAGGGGGGCCAAUUUGACUGACAUAGUGGUUUUAGUGGUGGCAGCUGAUGAUGGAGUGAUGGAACAGACUGUGGAGUCCAUAAAAAUGGCCAGACAUGCCAAAGUUCCCAUACUGGUAGCAAUCAACAAAAUUGACUCUCCUAAAGCUGACCUAGCUCGCACUGAAAAAAUGUUGGUUGAAGUUGGUAUCCAAGUUGAAAAUCUAGGGGGUGACGUUCAGGCAAUACCAAUUUCUGCACUGAAAAGACAGAAUCUUGACCAGCUCACAGAAGCUUUGGUAUUGCAGGCCGAUUUGCUAGAAAUCGGCGCGGACCCCACAGGUCCUGUUGAAGCAGUAGUUGUCGAAAGUAAAGUGCAUCCAUUCAGGGGAAAACUGUGUACAGUUGUUAUUCAAAGAGGGACACUCAAAAAGGGGGAUAUUUUGGUGGCUGGUACCUCAAUGGCCAAAGUCAGAGCACUCAAAAAUGAUGCUGGAAAAGUCUUACAUACUGUCAGCCCAGGGUAUCCAGUGGAAAUAGAGGGUUGGAAAGAACUACCCUCUGCAGGCGAGCAAGUCCUUCAGGUGGGAACUGAAAAAAGAGCAAGAGAAGUAUUGAAAUUUAGAGAGGAAGAAGAGUCACAAAUGAAAAUGAAAAGUGAUGCAGAAGUGAUAGCUGAAAAGGAACAACAGCAUGAGGUUGAGUAUAAAGAAAAAUUGGCCUUGAAGAGGCAAUUAGGCAGGUAUAAGGUAAAGAGAGAAGGCCCUAGGAAACCAGAAAUUUCAAAAGAUGAUGAUGGUCCCCCUUCACUAAACAUAAUCAUAAAGGCAGAUGUGGAUGGCACUCUUGAAGCCAUUUUAGACACUAUUGAUACUUAUGAUUCACAAGACUGCAAAAUGGAACUAGUACAUUAUGGUGUGGGUUCUAUCUCUGAAAAUGAUAUAGAAUUAGCAGAAACCUUUCAAGGUAUCAUCUAUGCAUUUAACGUUGAAGUGCCUCCCAAUCUCAAAGAAUCCAUCAAAACCACCUCCAUAAAGCACUUCAAUGUAAUCUACAAGCUUGUAGACGACAUUAAAGAAGAAAUAAACGCCCGAUUACCUGCCAAAGAGGUAGAAGAAAUAUUAGGUGAAGCUGUAGUGCUACAAAAGUUCGAAAUUUCCCAAGGCAAAAGGAAAAUUCCUGUAGCAGGGUGUAGGUGUACAAAGGGACUGUUGAAAAAGAACGCCCAGUAUAGGGUUGUCAGAAACGGAAGCUUAGUAGAUAAAGGUACACUUUCUACUAUGAAACAUUUGAAGAACGAAGUUGAUGCUGUCAAAUUGGACACGGAGUGUGGUAUCCAGUUUUCAGACAAAACAUUGAGCUUUGAGCAAGGUGACACGCUAGUUUGCUAUGAAACUAAGAUGGUACCUCAAAAAACUGAUUGGGAUCCAGGAUUCUAAUGGCUUCCAAGGUAUAACUAAGUACAAAUGUAAUUUAUAUUUUUCUUAAAAUAAAAUGUAUAUAGUAAUAUUUCGCG